CGUUAGUAGAUUUCCGCCAGCACAGAUGAUUGAUAAAAAAGAAUUUAAUUUGACGUAAAUAAAGGAAAGUGGAGAAAUUAAACAACAACCAUGGAAGUUUUCCUGACGAUCAUCUUCUUCACCAUCUUCUGGGCGGCGGUGGCCAAGUACGGACCCAUCCUGUUCACCAAGCAACCUCAUGAUGACCUGGUGCGCUGUAUUUUCGUUUUGACUGCCGUCGUCUGCUGGCUUUUCUGGCUGUGCUGCUAUUUGGCGCAACUGAAUCCACUGCUGGGGCCGAAACUCAAUGGAAACACCAUUCGGAUCAUUGCCUCGUCCUGGGGAAAUCCCAUCAAGGAGGGAUAAGGAAGACCCACAUAGGAAUCUCCCACCUAGCUAAUCUCUGGCGGUUGCUUCUUCCGCGGAUUUCCGGAUCUUAAGCCACAUCACACAUAGUCGGUGAUACCACGGAAGCAGUGGCUUCGCGAAAACCCUAUUUGUACUUCAAUACUGGCAGCACGUGGACAAGGUUGGGCUACGGCUAUCCAAGACCCAGAUACGCCCCACUAUUUCCAAACUAACCACAUGAACCUCCGGAUGUAAACUUUCACUGUACAUUUUAUUGUUGUUUAUAGCUCAAUAUCUCUGAUCACCAUAUUCUUUAUGUUUAUUGCAAAGCAUAAGCUAUGUAUUCCACCAAAAAUCAAAUUAUUGCAAUUUAUUUCUAACAAACUUGCCACAUUAGCGAUUUUUGUAGCCAGAUUACUAUUUACCUAUUUUUCCGUAGUGUAGAUAAUUUACUAAUCAGUCAUUGUAUUUGUGAUUUAGUUAUUGGCAAAUAUAGAACAAUUUUUUCGUAUUA